GGCACGGCAUGGGGCGGGGGUCUCGGCCCCCUCCCGGCAGGGCGGUGGCGGGGAGUGGCCUGCCCUGCGGGGGCCGGGGCGGCUGGAAACUUUGCUUGCCCUUGCCGUGCCUGUCCCCGCGGGAGCUGGAUCCGGGGGCGGCGGAGCGGGAGAAGCAGCGAACCCGGCGAGGGGAGGGCGAGGGCGGUGAUUUGGGAGGUCUGACGAUUUCCACAGCCCCUCUGUGACCUGCGACAGAAGUUUGUCGGGUCGGGUCUCCCAGUGACAGGUGGAUCCGCUCCCUGUCGCUGGGGAAACUUUCCCUGCCGUGAGCGUCCCUGUGCUGUGCUGCUCCCUCUGCCACUGCCCCAAGCUCAGCAGCAGGGAGGCCCUGCCUUUCUGCUCACGAAAAGCAGAAAAAGGUCCUGUGUUCCAAGAGGAUGGUAGUUCGGGAUAACCUCUGUCUCUGCAAGGAUAAGAGCUUUUUAGCACAGUGUCAGUAAGGUAAUUUUUUGCUAGACCAUAAUUUUUGAAUACUUUUGUUGUGGCUGCGACUUGGUAGAAAUAAAGGAAUCACUCCAGCUUGAUUUCCAGCCCUAUGAGCUCACCUUCCCUCCCUCCUGGAUAAUCUUUAUGUGGCACCUACAGCGACUGUGGUAUUGUCUUCUGUUCAGCUGGAAGCUGCUCAAAUGCCAUGGUAACAAAUGAGGUUAUUGGAUGAAUGAAUAUACUUCUUCCCUUGGAAUUGGAGUGUUUCAUUCAGGCAUAGAGGUGUAUGGCCGAGAGUUUGCCUAUGGUGGUCAUCCAUACCCUUUUUCUGGAAUAUUUGAGAUUUCACCAGGAAAUGCUUCUGAGCUAGGAGAAACAUUUAAAUUUAAAGAGGCUGUGGUUCUAGGCAGUACUGACUUUAUGGAAGAUGAUAUAGAAAAAAUAGUAGAAGAGCUUGGAAAGGAAUUCAAAGGAAAUGCUUAUCACCUAAUGCACAAAAACUGCAAUCACUUUUCUUCAGCUUUAUCUGAGAUUCUCUGUGGGAAAGAGAUUCCACGAUGGGUGAAUCGCCUUGCCUACUUCAGCUCUUGUAUACCCUUCCUCCAGAGCUGCCUGCCAAAGGAGUGGCUAACUCCUGCAGCCCUCCAGUCUAGUGUUAGCCAGGAGCUACACGAUGAGCUGGAGGAAGCUGAGGAUGCAGCAGCAUCAGCUUCCUUGGCAAGCUCAGCAUCUGGGUCUAGAACUGGACGCCACACCAAAUUAUAAGUCCUCCUCCAAAGUAGCAAAUACUUCAGAAAUACUUUUGAAAUACUUCAGUUUGAUCUCUUCAGCAAUUGACUUCCUGACAGAACGUGAGAGCCAGCUCUAGAACAUUGUUUUUAUAUGCAAAAAACAAAGCUCUCAUCAACCCCUGUUUCAGCUCAGGAUUAUUUACAUAGUGAAAAGAAUUGCUGGGAGAAAAGGGAAGGAUUUUGUGUGAAGCCACCCUUUUCAUUUUCACCUGUUUGGUAGACCUGAGUUAACUUAACAUCUUGCAUAAAGCUGAACUUAAAUUAUUUGUUUACAGUAUUGUGUACUGCUGUUUACAUGUCCUAUAAGGACUCCUGCUACCAUGGAAGAAGAAAGAAUUUGAGUUUGAUUUAAAUGAUGGUAUAAAUCAAGAGCAGUGGUAUGAUGCCCUGGAUGAACUUUCCCCUUUGUUUUCAAGAUUUAAGGCAGGAGAACACUAAAUUGAGGAAUGCCAGAAACUGCUGAAUACUACAUGUGAACAGGGUACUGUGCACUUAAAGUGGCUGAUGUAAACAGGUAGAUUCCAGGAUGUAGGGAGACUGGUUUGGUCUAAAAUCUGUUCCUAGAAGUAUGACCUCUACAUUAAUGAAACUGUGGAUUUUUGCACAUAUGAAGGGAAAUUUCUAUCUCAUUGCAGUGUACAUCAAUCAAUUUUUUUUUCAAUUCAGACAUUUAGUUUUCAUCCUGUCUUGUGUCUUUACUUGCAGUUUAUUUCAGGAUUUAAACAUGUGAAUAUCAUCUGCUAGAAGCAUCAACAAAUCUUUCACUUCUUUGCUUUACUUGAUUUCAAACUUGUAUAUAUAAGUUAGUACUUGUAUUCCUUUUUUAUUUGUUUGUUUUCGUAUAGUUUGGAAUCAUGUAAAACAAGCCAUUUAUGGUUGGGGAAUGGCCUUUGCUUCCUGCUGCUGAUUUUGCUUCAUUUGAGUUUGUAAACAUUUGUGUCCUUCCUUUUUUGAGCUAUAAAUUACUGCCCAGUUGUGCAUAUCUGCACAAUUGAUAGAGAAAUCCUAAUUUAUUUUCCCACAGUCUCUAUCUGUGGCAUUAACUUUCUUAUCAGAUGUAAUGAAGAAAAACCUGAAAAUUGCUUAUGCACCUGCGUGUUUACACAGCAGAACCCACUAAUCUGCACACAUAAUUAUAUCUGAAGGUAAGAGAUACUAUUUUCUAAAACACAGAAGUAUGUCUGCUGGUAGAUUAUAAUUAGAGCUAAAUUAUAAUUAGUGAUCAGAAUAUAUAAUGGAAUGCCUUAUUCUUGUUCACUUACCAAGAGAAUGAAUUGUUCUUCCAAUCAUUAGUGUAAAUUAGUGAGGUUCUAUUGUGCACAUAAGGCUACAGUAGCACAAACAUGAGGGAGGUGAGCUUGAGUAUUUUGUAAGACUUGCUGCCUUAAACUAACAAAAAACAUCCCAUCCCUGAAGGGAUCAGCUCACAAAGAAGUGUGCAUUACUAGAAAUAUGGAUGAUUCUUACGAGCUUUAUUUACAGUCUUUUGCUGGGUUUAGUUUUUCUGUUGAAUGAAAUACUGACUCUGCAGUUUCUGCUGUUUAAAAGCAAAAAAAAAAGUCCUCUUGGAAGGCAAAAUGCUUCAUGUUAUGAAUGCUCCUGGCCAUGGGUAGUGGUGCCAUUGAAUCCUAUGGGAAGGUGCAGUAGCUGUAUCAUAGUAAGAAUUCUUAUGGUUGCCAGCUCCAACUUGUAUUAGAAACAAGUGGAAGUUUUUUUUCUGCUGCCACCUGGGUUGAAUCCUUCAUCAGACAGACUUUAGGUUUUCACUUAUGUUCUAUGAUGCAGUGUAGUACAGAGAGAGAUAUGCUCAGAUCUAGGGGGGAAAAUCAAGUGAGACUCUUUCUGGAAAGAGUGAGAUAAUAGUAAACAUCUCCAUAACUGUAUUUUGGUACGUGUUUUAAUAAUCUCUUCUAUCAAGUGGGAAAUGCUUAAAACUGGUGAGUCUGCCACUAACUUCAUCCUCUGUUUGAUCUCCAGAAGCUGGAUAUACUGACCCUCCCUGUUGAGUGCUUUCCACUCCGAAUUUGAGUUCUCCUUUCCUUCUUUUCCCUGUAGUGAAAAUGAUUAUGGUGGUCUCCAGUCAACUCUCAAGCAUCACAGGACUGAAUCUCACACUACUCCCAGCUCAGACAGCAGGCUGCAGACAGGUUCCUUUGUCUCUGCUGUGCAGCUGUGGUAGUAAUGUGACUAAGUCUCUUGGCCAGGGCAGGUCCUUUAUUUCAGCUCAGGGUUGAGGCCACUGAUCUAGCAACGUACUGUAGCUUUUCCUAGGCUUUAGGAAAAAUAAAUAGAAUAAUUUUUCAUUGCUACCUUUUAUGUACCAAAAUCAGCUUUUUAGGCUUCUGAUACAUCCAGAGCGCUAGGUCACAAAUCUCUACACCUUCAUUAACACACACAAUUACAGCAUGUACAAUGCAAGAACAUGACAGAUCACAGCACAGUUUUUAUUUAGAAGUAAAACUAAGACUAUUUUUUAUAAAGCAGACUGGAAAGUUUGUAACAAAACCAUUCAUUUUAUUGUUAGCUGUACAGGUGAAAAUACUGUCUUAUGCUCCAUAAUAACUUUUUUCUGUUUGUUUUGAAACCACCCAUUGGUAAAUCCUGUGAGGAAACUGACACCUGAACCCUGAAGGUUGUUGGGUAUUGAAUCAAAGCGAGCAGUACUGUAACUUCCAUCGUGUGCUGUCAGCUCAGCCUCUGCUGGAUGCCUGCAAGUCACCCUGCCAGUGGUUACUCCAAUUUGUUAGCAAUAGAGCAAGUUACCUUUCACCAGCAUUACUGCCAAGCAGGGAUUACUUUAGUCUACUAAUGACCACACUGUGCUAGGACUAGAACACUUCAGAAUGCUGUGAGAAAGCUGGACACCUGUGGAAUCUUUUCCAUCAAAACGGGUAGAAAAAUAUCACCACUUCAGGGUUCUGCUCUGUUUACUUUCUCAUUCUUGUUUAAUUUUCUGUGAGAUAGUACUUUUGAUAUGUAUUACAUUGUUUAACUCAGUCAUUUUAUUUAAAUGCCAUUUUCUGUUCAGCAAGCCAAAAAAAUCCAAUGUACUGUCAGUGUGCACCAGUAACUUCGGAGUGGCUUGGUAAAAAAAAAACAUAGUUGCAUUACUUCUAAAAUUUGCAAUGCAAUUCUGAUCACUAUUGAUAGAUGAUAAUUUUCACUGUUGGAAGUUGGUUACAAGCUGAAUAUUCACUGAUGCAUUUUUUGUAAACUUGUAUUCAAGUUUACUACAUAGUAUUUGUAUAAAAUUCAAAGAAUUUUGACUUUUGUUACCUGUACAUGGCAACAAGUUGUCUAGCAUCUUAAACUUAAAUCCAUCAGUUUAUUAAAAAUACUUUUAUAAAAAAAA